CAGUGGUGAAUCAUUUCCAACACCUCCCCCCCUCCCUCAGAAGCGAGGGGCUUGGUUUUCCCAAAAACCAGUAGCGUCCAAGGGGGUCUGGAGGAGGCUGGCACAGAGAGAGAAGAGCUUUCUGGGACUGGUUCCCUGUCCCUGCAAAGGGUGCUCUGUAUUUGACUUCCUCUCACCACUAAAUCUUCUAGAGAGCCAGGACUUUCCUGCUUUCCAGCAUUGCAAGCCUUUGUCUCUGGUGUGAGACCUCCAAUUUAGUCUGCUUUUCCAAUUCUCUGCCACCUGCAAACACUUGUUGCUUUAAAUAACCCAGCUGUGCAAACUGAGGGAGAUUUGCCAAGGAUGCAAGAGUGGGGAAGGUGUCCUCACCACCGGCCUCUUCCUCCUCUUCCUGAGCCAGCUCCACCACAGGUUAUCUUCCUCCAAGUAUCUCUGCCCCUCUUCUGGUAAUUGUCAAAGCAACAGCAGCUUGAGUUGCAUGUGUCCCACAUUGGGAAGUUCUUGAUGGCUUCUCUAAGGAGAGUGAAAGUCUUGCUGAUCUUAAACUUGAUUGCAGUGGCUGGCUUUGUCCUCUUCUUGGCCAAGUGCAGGCCCAUUGCGGUGAAGAACGGUGAUGCUUUCCAUGAAAUCCAUCCCAGGGCAGAAGUGGCCAACCUGACAGCCCACCCAGCCAACCCCAUUCAGGAUGCAGUUCUGAAACGGCUGUCACUUCUUGAGGACAUUGUCUACCGGCAACUAAAUGGUCUGUCAAAGUCCUUGGGGCUUAUUGAAGGCUACGGUGGUCGUGGGAAAAGUGGCUUGCCUGCCACUCUUUCUCCAGAGGAGGAAGAGAAAGCCAAAGGACCCCAUGAGAAAUAUGGCUACAAUUCCUAUCUCAGUGAGAAAAUAUCACUGGACCGCACCAUACCAGAUUAUCGUCCAACUAAGUGUAAACAGCUUAAAUACGCAAAGGAACUCCCACAGCUUUCUAUUAUUUUUAUCUUUGUCAACGAGGCACUUUCAGUCAUCCUCCGUUCGGUGCACAGCGCUGUAAACCACACUCCAGCUCACCUCUUGAAGGAGAUCAUCCUUGUAGAUGACAACAGUGAUGAAGAAGAACUGAAGGCACCAUUGGAAGAAUAUGUCAACAAGCGAUAUCCAGGCCUGGUGAAGGUAAUCCGCAACCAGAAAAGAGAGGGCCUGAUCCGAGCUCGCAUUGAAGGCUGGAAAGUGGCAUCAGGGCAGAUCACAGGCUUCUUUGAUGCUCACGUGGAGUUCACCGCAGGCUGGGCAGAGCCAGUUCUCUCAAGAAUCCAGGAGAACCGGAAAAGGGUCAUCCUCCCGUCAAUUGACAAUAUCAAGCAGGAUACCUUUGAGGUCCAACGCUAUGAAAAUUCAGCCCAUGGAUACAGCUGGGAGCUGUGGUGCAUGUACAUUAGCCCACCAAAGGAUUGGUGGGAUGCAGGAGACCCUUCCUUACCUAUCAGGACACCAGCUAUGAUCGGAUGUUCUUUUGUGGUGAACCGGAAGUUCUUUGGGGAAAUCGGUCUUCUCGAUCCAGGGAUGGAUGUUUAUGGUGGAGAGAACAUAGAGCUUGGAAUCAAGGUAUGGCUCUGUGGCGGCAGCAUGGAAGUCCUCCCCUGCUCUCGAGUGGCCCAUAUUGAACGCAAGAAAAAGCCAUACAACAAUAACAUUGGCUUCUACACUAAAAGGAAUGCACUGCGGGUAGCUGAGGUGUGGAUGGAUGACUACAAGUCUCAUGUAUACAUCGCAUGGAACCUGCCAUUGGAGAACCCAGGAAUUGAUAUUGGGGAUGUUUCAGAGAGAAAGGCACUAAGAAAAAGUUUGAAAUGUAAGAGUUUCCAAUGGUACCUGGACCACGUCUACCCAGAAAUGAGAAGAUACAAUAACACCAUUGCCUAUGGAGAGCUGCGGAACAACAAGGUAAAAGACGUCUGCCUCGAUCAAGGGCCACAGGAAAACCACACAGCGAUCCUCUACCCAUGCCACGGCUGGGGGCCACAGCUUGCUCGCUACACCAAAGAAGGGUUUCUUCAUUUAGGAGCACUUGGAACCACAAUACUACUCCCAGAUACUCGCUGCCUGGUGGAUAACAUGAAGAGUAAACUCCCUCAACUGCUUGAUUGCGAGAAAGUCAAGAGCAGUCUCCAUAAGCGUUGGAACUUUAUACAGCAUGGUGCAAUCCUAAACAAAGGGACAGGGCGCUGCUUGGAAGUUGAAAAUAAAGGCAUGUCAGGUAUGGAUCUUAUCCUCCGCAGCUGCACAGGACAAAGGUGGACAAUUAAACAUUUUAUCAAGUAGAAAACCUCUUAUCCAUUGUUCAAGAAUUGUUCAGACUGAGUUCUCACAAGAGGAGACAUUUUUAUCAAAUCUUCCACUCUAGUUCACAAGAUCAGGGAAGACUCUUAAGGGAAGUUGUUUUUUUUUUGGUACAUUUUAUUUAU